CAGGAACUGAGUUUGACACCCCUGGUCUAAAGCAAGUGAAUCCUCACGAGUAAGAGAGUGGAAGACCAUAUUCCAGUGAGAUGGAGCCGAACCCUGCGGUGUGGCACACCCAGGUGGUCCCGCUGGAAACAGACCUGGAGAGGGUGAGCUCUCAUCCUGAGUGCUCCAUCUGCUUCAACACCUACGACAACGUCUUCAAAACGCCAAAACAGUUGGACUGCACUCACACCUUCUGCCUCGAGUGCCUUUCCCGCAUUAUGACCACCUCCAUGGACCCCCAAAACUCUAAAAUCUCCUGCCCCUUCUGCCGCCAGCCCACUACCAUCCCAAAAAAGGGGCCUCCGGCUUUGACCACCAGCCAGGAGGUGCUGUGUAGUCUGCCCGUCCACCAGCAGCAAGAGGAGCAGGUGUGGCUGGACGGGGAGAGGCUGUGCUACCAGCGGCCAAUAGACAUUCCAGGUGUGCCAGCGUUCUGCAUCUGUGUCGAUAUUGGGGCCAGUGGACAAAGCACUGUAUCUUCUUCCCAAACUCGACCGCGACUUGGGCUUCUGGAACGACUGAUGGAUUGGAAGCGUUUGCUGCUAUUUAUAUUCCUCAUGGUGCUGCUGUUGGGGAUUGUUCUGUGGCCCCUGCAGUGCAUCGUCACGACGGGCUCAAUGCGUUGUGCGUCCCAGAACUUGCAGAUGUCUACUACCACACCUUCUACUACCACAGUCAACGUAUAAGUAAGAUAGACAUGUCUCGAUUGUUACUGGACUUGCUAAAUCAAGAUGACCGGUGUGAGUUUACAGUACAUCCAUACCUCCUUGCAAAGCCUGCUGGGUGCUCAAGGAGUUAAGGCAAGCAGCAGGACUGUGGUAAAGACUGAAGAGCUGUAUCGGAAUCAUUAUGUCACCUUACAGCACGUGGACAAGUGUGACAAAACUGAUUGAUGGCUAAAUGUCUGCUUGCAUUGAUCAAAACAACAUUUUUGCAAAAACAAUACAAAGUAUUGUCACAAUUUUGGUGCAGUUUUUCGGGCAAAAAAGGUCCAUUGUCAGUAGUGUAAUGAUGUGAAAUGCAAGUCACAGCAGCUUUCUGUUGGUCAACAUGGCAAAUCUGCAUUACCAACAUGAACAUGAGUGAAAUCUGUUUUGAGAACUUUUUCCAGAUGAUUGCACAGAUUUCUAUUGAAAUGACUGGACUUGAGAACAGUACAUUUGGCUGCUGCUUAAUCCAAAGAAAGCAGAAUGUUUUUUACUUGUACAUUCAUGUAUAUAUUUUUUAUUUGAUUGUAUUACAGCCCAUGAAGU